UCUGAGUCUCGGACAGUUCUGUUGAUAUGUCUGCAGACUUGUUGGCCGAGUUUGGGACUAGCGGGCCCAGAACUGCAGAAGAUGCCUCUCAGAUCGGACCAGACAAUACCAUGUUCUACGAUGACGAUGGGGACAACGAUGAAUUCGACUCUUUUGUCGACCCUGAACCUGCGCAUCCAAACGAACCACAAUUCAAUCUGACCAUCCCAAGCGAUGCAAACAUUGAAUCCCUGUAUACUUCUAGGAAAGACUUAUGGCUGCCAAGUGAGCCUGGCGGAGAAGUAUUGUUUGACGUGUCUCUGGAAGCAACGGCCGAUGGAGAAGAUGACUGGGGGGAGUUUGAAGACGCUUCAAAUGCUCCCAGUCAACCCUCUAGUCGACAGCUUAUUGACUUUGGGAAUGAGAGCCAACCUGCGGUCUCACCCAAAUUCAAUGCACAGGCAACCCAAAGCCUGUCGAAUACACCAGCACUUCUUGAUCUUCUUUCAUUAGACGAUAGCCCUACUGUAAACUAUGAUAAGGCUUCCAAAGACACGUCACGUCAACAGCCUUCACAGACUACUCCCAAGAUAAAAUUCGGUCAGAGAGUCGCAGCUAAACAACCGACUCCAAAAAACACUGCGUCUGAGGAUGACUUUUUCGGAGAAUGGGAUGACUUCAAGGAUGGCCACGCGGAGGUACCUCGGCUGAGCAAUAAUCAUAUGCACUCAAAAACACUACAGACGACUUCAGCUACUCCAAACAAACUAAAGCAGGGAAAUACAAGAGUAUUGAACGAACCGCAAAAGAAGUCUGUGCCAGAGGUUGACAUUCGUCCCACCAACAUCCCCCCUCCUUCUAUUAUUUUACAAAUUUUUCCUUCCAUCCUCGACGACUUUCGGAAGCAAGUGAACCAGGGUAAACAGGAACCACUAAAACCUAACCCGGGACUUGUCAUAUACCUUACAUCGACCCUGAAGGCAAUUUCACACGUCAUUGCAGGUCGCACCCUGCGAUGGAAGAGGGACACAAUAUUAAGCCAAAGCAUGAAAAUCGGACCCGCCCGUGCUGGAAAAACGAGUGGGAUGAAGCUAAACUCGGUGAGUAAAGGUGAAUCAAUCAAGGAGGAGCAAGAGGUCGUAGCCGUCAUCGACUCGUGGCGCAAUCAUACUGCUGUGUUCAACGCCCUUAUCCAAUCCUCCGGCGGACGGCCUAUACCCGUAAUCACUGACAAAAGUCGUAUAAAUACUGCCAGCCCAGAGGAUGGGGCACUCAAAGCUUCCCAUGCGUGUGCCUUGUGUGGGCUGAAGCGAGACGAGCGGUUACCCAAGGUCGACGAAGAUGUACAGGAUAGUUUUGGAGAAUGGUGGGCUGAGCAUUGGGGGCAUGCAGACUGCAAGCAGUUCUGGGAAGCUAAUUCUAAGCGUCUCUAUCAACGAUAGAAUUCCGAUUUCAAUAAAUCAAUAAUUAUAGACAGAAUACUAC